CUUUUUCCUUCCAAACUCCGCAUUCUCUUCAGCUUCAUCAUUCAUUAGCUGCAAAUUUGAAGGGAUGAACAGGCUCUGUAGGGGAUCUGCUAUUCUAAUUCUGUGCUUCUUCUCCAUAUCUUUGUUUCUUCCUGUGAGAGAUGAGGGACAAAAUGACACUUUCAUCUGCAGUCAUGGUACCUAUUGGGACAGAACCAAGACGGUCAUCCAUCGAGCUAAGGCCUACUUCUUUUCUCCGAAUACAGGGUAUAUAUAGUAAGUUCCUUGACAUUUAUAUGAAUAACACAUUUCUAAUAUUUGGCAUCUAAUUUAAAAAGAAAAAAAAAAUAAAUUUCUUUUCUGAGAUUUAGUGUCAGAGGCAGCAAUGAGGCUGGUGAGUAGAUAGACGUGGUAGCUGAAUGGAAAAUGAAAGAAGCAGUUUGGCCAAAGUGGACCCUGCCAAAUCUGCUGCCAAAAUAGCUAGUGAAACAGUGCACAACGCAAAGGAGAAGGUGAAACGAAGCCCAUCCUAUAAGGGACGACAAGAAUCUGAUCAUAGCAAGCUUGGAUCACUGUCAAUGACUAGAAGCAAACAACGAAAACAAAUCCAAUCGAAAGAAUUCCUCAGGCUUUCCAUUGGGGGUGAAAAAUGUAAUCAAACAAUUUUAUCAAGUGUAGUUGAUAAACGAUCUUAAAGCAUUCUGUUUUCAUUGAAUUGAAGGGAAGUAAAAAUCUUCUCCUUCACGAGCAGCUCAGGGCUCCAAGGGCAUUGGGUAGCUGUUAGCCUACGAAAAGUGGUUCUAGACAAGACUAUUAUUGGCUGUCAGGGGAAGCGGAGGAACAGCAUCACUCUCCUAUUUUCAAGGUCCAGACUCAUCUCCAAACUCAACACAAAAAAAAAAAAAAAAAAAAAAAUCCAGACAGCUCUGCAUACGGAAACACAUUCUCUCUCUCUCUCUCUCUCUCUCUCUCUCGACGCCUCUCUGUUUUCUAUCGAAAAGGCAUGGCACUUUCCCUCUCAUCCAAAACCAAAACCUACCUAACCACCUUUAUGGCGAGAUCAAUCCCCCGCUUCUUAGCCCUGCGCGCCCAUUCUAAUACUCCUUCCCACCCCAACCACACCGACAUCUCAGAUGACUCCUCCUCCACCGACUCUUUGCUACGGAAACUCGAGGAUGCCAUCCACCAGAUCAUCGUGCGCCGCGCUGCACCUGAUUGGCUCCCUUUCCUCCCUGGUUCCUCCUAUUGGGUCCCACCUCCUAGAUCCACCGCCGGAUCCCUAGGGAUUGCUCACUUAGUUGAGAAGCCUGCCAAUCCCUUGACCGAUGAGGAGUCCCUCCCCAUGAUCACCCUCAGAGGUUGGCCUUCCUCCGAUUAUUUUAUUAAAGCUUUUCCUUUCCCCCUCCGAUCUGUUAUAGGUGCACCUCCACAUUCAAUGGAGGUGAAUAUGACUUCAAAAAAAGCAGCAGAGGCGGAGGCAACUUCCAAUAAUGCAUCUAAAUCUGAAGAUGACGAAGGAUGAAUUAUGCUUGUAAAAGAACUAGCAUCUGGGCUCAUCUAGACGUGUACAUUUUACGUAGAAGCAAAGGUUCAAUAGACGUGGAAAUUUUACAAACCGCAUGGCAAUUUGGUCAAUUGCUGGGAGCUGGACGGAUGCAACCUGGUGAUGCAGCAAUUAUUUUCAGAGAUCAUUGCUACCUCGAAGCAUGAAUUACCGGUUUUUGUUGAAACGCACGUUGUAUUUAUUGGUAGCCCUUCAGCUUUCUGAAUAUUUUCUUUUCUGAUGGUCGUUCAGAUCAUUAGUUUUCCUUGUACAUAUGCUUGCAAGAAUAAUAGCAACGGUGUUUCUGUUCUCUA